AAGGCGAUCUUAGUCAAGAACUUCUGAUGGGUCUGAUGAUUCACGUCGCGACUGUGAAUACGGGCCCUAGAAAUUUAAUCGAAGAUGAGUCUCUUUCGCUAGGGUCUUUUGGAAACGUCAAGAAUUGAUAAUCCCUCUAUUGGUGAAUUGGUGAUAGACAGCUACAGACAGCUAGGUGAUGCACACACAUACACACACAACAAUACAUACAGCUGGAUUGAGUAUAAGCAGUGAGCAAUCUUAAGUGGUGUUAAGUAAGUGCUCGAUCUGGUACGAUCUCGAAUGUUCAUGUUACUCAGUUACAUGUAAAUUUUAUCUGUUGGGAGAGAAAACGUAGAAGAAAUGGCUGAUUUCUUAGAUUCGGAAGCGGAGGAAAGCGAGGAGGAGGAGGAGUUGAACGAUAAUGAAAAAAAGAAACUUAAAAAGUUAAAGGCAGUGGAAGAAAGCGAGGAAGAAGAGGAGGAAGAUGACGAAGACCGGUUACGCGAAGAACUGAAAGAUCUCAUAGAUGAUAAUCCUAUAGAGGAAAGCGAAGGAGAAGAUAGCGACGGCUCUGGAGCCUCUAAGAAACGUAAAAAAAGCGAUGACGAGGACUUUGACGACCGUCUAGAGGACGAAGAUUACGACUUAAUAGAAGAAAACUUAGGUGUCAAAGUCGAGAGGAAACGUUUCAAACGCCUCCGCAGGAUUCAAGAUGAGGAAUCAGAAGAGGAACAGGAGAAAGAAAUGGAUGAUGAUAGAGAUGCCAUCGCUAAUGAACUUUUCGAAGGCUCAGGAGAUGAAAGAGAAAUUAGCAUGGAAGACGAAAGGAGGAGUGAACGGAGUCAUAGGCCAGAAAUGGAAACGUUUGACGAAGAAGGAAGCGAAGGGGAAUACACGGACGCAGAUGAUUUUAUCGUUGACGACGAUGGUAGACCAAUCGCCGAGAAACGCAAGAAGAAAAAGCCGAUAUUUUCCGACGCAGCUUUGCAGGAAGCUCAAGACAUUUUCGGUGUGGAUUUCGACUACGAUGAAUUCGGUAAAUAUGGCGAGGAGGACUAUGAAGAAGAGGAAGAAGAAGAAGAGGAAGACGAAUACAUGGAUGAGGAGGAUGCCGAAAGGCCGAGAAGACCGAAGAAACAGUUGAAGAAGAAAACCACCAGGAAAAGUAUAUUUGAAAUUUACGAACCCAGCGAGCUGAAGCGCGGUCACUUCACGGACAUGGACAUCGAAGUCCGAAACACGGACAUACCUGAGAGAAUGCAGCUUCGAUCUGUCCCCGUUACCCCGGUCACAGAGGGUUCCGACGAGUUAGAUCUAGAGGCAGAAUGGAUCUACAAGCAAGCGUUCUGUCGGCCAACUAUCUCGAUUCAAGACGCUCACUUGAACGCAGAGGCCAAGGAGAGAGCUCGUAAAGGACCUCAAACGAUAGGCAAGAUUAAAAAGGCUCUGGACUUCAUGCGAAACCAACAUUUCGAAGUCCCUUUCAUAUCAUUUUAUAGGAAGGAGUACGUCCUACCGGAACUAAAUAUCAAUGAUCUCUGGAAGGUGUACAAAUUCGACGCGAAAUGGUGUCAGCUUCGUCAGAGGAAAGAGAAUUUGUUAAAAUUAUUCGAAAAAAUGAGGGACUAUCAGCUUGACGAGAUCAUGAAGAAUCCAGACGCUCCUUUGCCGGACAGCGUGCGGGUGAUCAAGGACGAUGAUAUAGAACGACUUAAAAACGUGCAAACAACCGAAGAACUGAACGACGUUUACCAUCAUUUCAUACUAUACUACAGCCACCAGAUUCCAGCGAUGCAGGAAGCUGUGCGAUUGAAGGAGAAGGAGGCGAAACGGGAAGCUAAGAUUCAGAAACGAAGGCAACAGAUCGCCGAUGCCGAGGAAAACGGCGAGGAUCCAUUGCCAGAGGAUGAAGCUGAGGUAGUAGAGGAAGAGGAAACGGACGACACGUUGAAACAAGCUAUACGCACUGGUCCGUACUCCAUCUGCAAACGAGCAGGUCUCGACAGUCUUGCGAAGAAAUUCGGUCUCACCCCGGAACACUUUGCUGAGAAUUUACGGGACAAUUACCAGCGACACGAAGUGGACCAGGAGCCAACGGAACCUCUGACCAUUGCCAGCGAAUACUGCGGUCAGAUAUUCGGUACUCCAGAGGAAGUGGUGAAAGCUUCUCAAUUAAUGGUGGCGAUACAGUUGGCGCGCGAGCCUUUGGUAAGAAAAUGCGUGAGAGAGAUGUACAUGGAGAGGGCGAAGAUAUCCGUCAGACCCACGAAAAAGGGAAUGAAGGAGAUCGACGAGAACCACCCCAUUUACGCCAUGAAGUACCUAAAGAAUAAACCCGUGCGCGAUCUGGUCGGCGAUCAGUUUUUGAACCUAGCCAUAGCGGAGGAUGAUAAACUCAUCACGAUCACGUUGAGCGACAGCAUAGAAGGGAACACUACUAGCAAUUACGUCGACGAGAUGAAGCAGCUCUAUUAUCGGGACGAGUUCAGCAAGAACGUUCAAGAUUGGAACGCUCUGAGAGUCGGGAGCGUCGAGAUGGCACUGACGCGAAUGGUCAUACCGAGCCUGAAGAAGGAGUUGAGAACAAAUCUAAUCGCGGAAGGCAAAGAAUGCGUGAUGAAGGCAUGUUGUCGUAAGAUGUACAAUUGGAUCAAAGUCGCCCCGUACACGUGCGAGUUUCCAGAAGAAGAGGACGAGGAAUGGGACACCACCAAGGGACUUCGGGUGAUGGGCUUAUCUUACUUUCCCGAUUAUUCCCAGGCAGCGUUCAUCUGUCUGGUAGCUCCCGAUGGGGAAUGCACGGAUUAUUUGAGACUGCCUCACCUAAUGAAGCGCAAGAACAGCUAUCGAGAGGAGGAGAAAACCAUGAAGGAGGCUGAUCUGUUAGCGAUACGUAACUUCAUAGCAACCAAGAAACCGCACGUUGUAGCAAUAGGAGGUGAAUCCAGGGACGCGAUGAUGAUAGCAACCGACGUUAAAGAGUGCAUCGCCAAUCUGGUGGAGGACGAACAGUUUCCAGCCAUUCAAGUGGAGAUCUGCGAUAACGAUCUCGCCAAGAUAUACGCGAACAGCAACAAGGGCAUAUCAGAGUUCCGCGAUUACCCAGAGUUGUUGCGGCAAGCUAUCUCGUUGGCUAGGAGGAUGCAAGAUCCUCUAGUAGAGUUUUCGCAGUUGUGCACCGCGGACGAGGAGAUCCUAUGUCUCAAAUACCACGCGUUGCAGGACCAACUACCGAAAGACGAAUUGUUGGAGAACUUGUACCUGGAGUUUGUGAAUCGCGUGAACGAAGUAGGCGUCGACGUGAACAAGGCGGUGCAGCAGGCCUAUUCCGGGAAUUUAGUGCAAUUCGUGUGCGGCUUAGGGCCGAGAAAGAGUCAAGCUCUGAUAAAGAUGUUGAAGCAAACCAAUCAGAGAUUGGAGAACAGAACGCAACUGGUGACUGCUUGUCACAUGGGACCAAAGGUCUUCAUCAAUUGCGCUGGUUUCAUCAAGAUAGACACUAACAGUCUCGGAGACAGCACCGAGGCGUACGUGGAGGUGCUCGACGGGUCGCGUGUCCAUCCAGAAACGUAUGAAUGGGCGAGGAAGAUGGCGGUGGACGCGUUGGAGUACGACGACGAGGACGCCAAUCCUGCGGGUGCUCUCGAGGAGAUCUUGGAGUCGCCCGAAAGACUGAAAGAUCUGGAUUUGGAUGCCUUCGCGGAAGAGCUCGAAAGACAGGGUUUCGGCAAUAAGGGCGUCACGUUGUACGACAUCAGGGCGGAAUUGAACUGCAGAUACAAAGAUUUACGGGUAGCUUAUCAGUCGCCCAGCCCGGAGAAGUUGUUCGAUAUGCUGACGAAGGAAACGCCGGAGACAUUUUACGUGGGCAAAUUGGUCCUGGCGACAGUGGUGGGGAUCAGUCACAGGAAACCGCAGGGCGAUCAGUUGGAUCAAGCUAAUCCUGUGAGGAACGAUGAAACGGGACUCUGGCAAUGUCCAUUUUGUUUAAAGAAUGAUUUUCCUGAACUAUCCGAGGUGUGGAAUCACUUCGACGCUGGAGCCUGUCCAGGAAAAGCCACUGGGGUCCGAUUGAGAUUGGACAACGGAAUAUCGGGCUAUGUGCACAUAAAGAAUCUAUCCGACAGACACGUCGCAAAUCCCGAGGAAAGAGUGAGCGUAGGGCAAAUAAUCCAUUGUCGUAUAAUAAAAAUCGAAGUGGAACGAUUUAGCGUCGAGUGCACCAGCAAGAGCAGCGACCUCGCGGACAAGAAUCACGACUGGAGACCCCAACGAGAUCCGUAUUACGACACAGAUGCCGAGCAGAAAGACCUAAAAGUUGAAGAAGAGACGAAGAAGGCCAAGCAACGACAGACAUACGUCAAACGGGUGAUCGUUCAUCCUUCGUUUCACAAUAUCAGUUUCACGGAAGCUGAGAAGCUGAUGCAAACGAUGAAACAGGGAGAGGCGAUCGUUAGGCCAAGCAGUAAGGGCGCGGAUCAUUUGACGGUCACGUGGAAAGUGACCGACGAUAUUUACCAGCACAUCGACGUGAGGGAAGAAGGAAAAGAGAAUGCAUUCUCUCUGGGACAGAGUCUAUGGAUCGGGAACGAGGAGUUCGAGGACUUGGAUGAAAUUAUUGCUAGACACGUUAACGCGAUGGCUGCUUACGCUUCGGAACUAUUAGACUUCAAAUACUAUAAACCGACCGUAGAAGGUAUCAAAGAUAAAGCGGAGGAAAUACUGAAGGAACAAAAGAAAGAUAAUCCAGGGGGAAUACCGUACAUAAUAUCCGCCGCGAAGAAUUAUCCUGGCAAAUUUCUUCUGUCUUACCUUCCACGAACCCGGUGUCGUCACGAGUAUGUGACGGUGUCGCCGGAGGGAUUUCGAUUCAGAGGACAAAUGUUCGGUAGAGUGAACGACCUGUUCCGUUGGUUCAAAGAACAUUUUCGAGAUCCAGUGCCUGGACAGUCUACACCUAGCACCCCGCGUGGCGCUAUGACCUCUAGAACGCCAUAUCAUACGACGCCAGGAGCUGUGAGCGGAAUGAAUCAAGAAGCAAUACAAAGAGUGGCACAAAAUCUUCCUCACCACAUGUUACACUCCUUGUCGCAAGUAGCAAAUCAGACCCCGCACCAUUACCCACCGCACACUCCUGGAACUGCGAGCGCAGCUGGUUAUGGUGGAGUCCACACUUAUCCGAAUACACCGUACACUCCUUCCGGUCAAACACCGUUCAUGACACCGUACCAAACACCUCAUCAUACUCCCCAUCAUGGUCAACCAACUCCUAGAUACGGACAACAAACGCCCAAUCAUCAACAGGGACCUUUCAUUCAUCCACCUCCUCCUUCGACUACCACUCCAGGCCAUCAUAGAUCCACUCCUUCACAUAGACCUACGCCUCCUAUGUCGACACCUGGCGAUCCCAUGGACUGGAAAAAGGCAGCAGAAGCCUGGGCAAGAUUAAAAAGCGGUCCUCGAGUUUCUGGAACAACACCAAGGUACGACGAGUCUAGAAAAACUCCGCGGAACUACGAGGAAUCUGUUGGAAGAACAACGCCGAGAAACAGAAAUUUGGCUCGGACUCCGUCUUACAAAUCUCCUCGAGGUACACCACACACCAAUUCUAGUCCACGGAGUAUGUCUCUCAGCGGAGACGGUACUCCUCUAUACGAUGAAAGCUAACGGAUUCGUUUGUGCAUAAUAGAUAUCGUACUUUUUUGUUAUAUCUUUACGUUAAAUUUAUAUAUAAUAUAUAACAAUUUUAGAACAGAAUCGAGAAUCGCGUUGCAAUUAAAAUGCUCUGAAGGAUGGGCAUUAGUCGUCCUGUAUAAAAAAAAAAAGAAUAUUGUCAGGUUCACUUACAAAACCAUUGUAUUGAAAUCCAUUGAUCUAGCGAUAUCUUCCAAUCUCUUAAACGUUUAUAUAGUUAGAUGAACUAUACUGGAGGCAUACUAAAAAAGAGUAAGAUUUAAAAAAAAAACGUAAAA